AUGGAGGGAAAUCAGACAAUGGUUACAGAGUUCACCCUACUGGGAUUCUGUCUUGGCCCAAGGAUUCAGAUGCUUCUCUUUGGGCUCUUCUCCCUGUUCUUUGCCUUCACCCUGCUGGGGAACGGGGCCAUCCUGGGGCUCAUCUCCCUGGACUCCAGGCUGCACACCCCCAUGUACUUCUUCCUCUCACACCUGGCCAUCGUGGACGUAGCCUAUGCCUGCAACACGGUGCCCCAGAUGCUGCUAAACCUCCUCAGUCCAGCCAAGCCCAUCUCCUUUGCAGGCUGCAUGACACAGACCUUUCUUUUUCUGAGUUUUGCUCACACUGAAUGUCUUCUCCUGGUGGUGAUGUCGUAUGAUCGGUAUGUGGCCAUCUGCCACCCACUCCGAUAUUCUGCCAUCAUGAGCUGGAGGGUCUGCAUCACCCUGGUGAUGAUCUGCAUCACCAGGGUGAUGACUUCCUGGGCCUGUGGCUCCCUCCUGGCCCUGGUCCAUGUGAGCCUCAUCCUGAGACUGCCCUUCUGUGGGCCUCAUGAAAUCAACCACUUCUUCUGUGAACUCCUGUCUGUCCUCAAGCUGGCCUGUGCUGACACCAGGCUCAACCAAGUUGUCAUCUCUAUUGCUUCUGUGUUUAUCUUGGUCGGGCCCCUCUGCUUAGUCUUGGUCUCCUACACACACAUCCUGUUCUCCAUCCUGAGGAUCCAGGCAGCUGAGGGCCGCAGAAAGGCCUUCUCCACCUGCUCCUCCCACCUCUGCGUGGUGGGGCUCUUCUUUGGCAGUGCCAUCGUCAUGUACAUGGCCCCCAAAUCUCAACACCCCGAGGAGCAGCAGAAGGUCCUUUCCCUGUUUUACAGUCUUUUCAACCCUAUGCUGAACACACUGAUCUACAGUCUGAGGAGUGCAGAGGUCAGGGGUGCCCUGAGGAGGGUGCUGUUCAAGGAAAGUCAUCUCCAAACGGAGUGA